AGAGAGAGAACUAAUUAAUUGUAAGAUGAUAGGUGCAAAUGAUUUUUACAAAGUAAUGUGUGCAAUGGUUCCAUUAUACUUUGCUAUGGUGGUGGCAUAUGGUUCAGUGAAAUGGUGGAAGAUAUUCUCACCGGAGCAAUGCUCCGGUAUCAACCGUUUCGUCGCCGUAUUCGCAGUUCCGGUGCUAUCCUUCCACUUCAUCUCUCAAAACAAUCCUUACCAAAUGGACACGAAAUUUAUAUUGGCUGAUACUUUGUCAAAAAUUUUGGUUCUUGUGUUGCUCUCAUUUUGGGCCAUUUGUAAAGGGCAGUUAGAUUGGCUUAUCACUCUUUUUUCUGUUUCAACUUUGCCUAACACUUUGGUUAUGGGCAUUCCUUUGCUUAAUGCCAUGUAUGGUGAUUUCAUUCAAAGCCUCAUGGUUCAACUUGUUGUCCUUCAAUGCAUUAUAUGGUAUACUUUAUUAUUGCUCUUGUUUGAAUAUAGAGCUGCCACCAUAUUAAUCAAGAAUCAAUUCCCUGGCAAUGUUGCUGCAGCCAUAACCAAAUUCGAGAUCGACAAUGACGUCAUCUCACUAGACGGCCGAAGCCCACUUUGUACGGAAUCAGAAAUCGACGGUAACGGACGUAUCCACGUCCGUAUCCGUCGAUCCACCUCAUCCGCGCCGGAAUCCGCAUUUUCAUCCUCCAUAGGAAUCACACCUAGGCCAUCAAAUCUCUCCAAUGCUGAGAUUUUCUCCGUUCACACGCCUUUACAAGAUAUCCCUUUCGGGCACGGAGAUCUGGGCGUCGGGUUUCGUGCAGCAAGUCCUCGCUUGUCUGGCGGAUAUGCAUCAUCUGACGCAUACUCGCUGCAGCCAACGCCCAGGGCCUCGAAUUUCAACGAAAUGGACACGAAUACUGUGACAACAACUGGGAAUACCCCAAUGUGGGUUAUGUCCCCAGUAGCGGGUAAGGUGUUCAGGCAGGCGUCUCCAGGGAAAUUAUGUCUAAAUGGAGAGAGACAAGGGUACAGAGAUGAUGUUGGAGAAAAGGAAAUCAGCUUCAGAGAUAUAUCAAAUUUACCAGUGCAAGAAGGUGGAGGUGCAGAUUCAUCAAAUACAAAUAUUAUUAAACAAGAAAUGCCAAAUGCUUUAGUCAUGCUAAGGCUCAUUAUCGUUAUGGUUGGGAGAAAGCUUUCGCGUAAUCCAAAUACUUACUCCAGUAUUUUAGGACUUCUAUGGUCUCUCAUCUCAUUCAAAUGGAAUGUGGGGAUGCCAAGUUUGGUGAAAUAUUCCAUUAAAAUAAUUUCAGAUGCAGGUCUUGGGAUGGCAAUGUUCAGUUUAGGGUUGUUCAUGGCACUUCAACCUCGAAUAAUUGCGUGUGGUACUAAGAUGGCAGCAAUAGGGAUGGCCAUAAGAUUUAUUGGUGGACCUCUAGUAAUGUCAGCCGCUUCUAUUGCCGUUGGCCUUAAAGGAGUUCGACUUCAUACUGCAAUUGUACAGGCAGCUCUUCCCCAAGGAAUUGUUCCAUUCGUCUUCGCUAGAGAAUAUGGGUUGCAUCCUGACAUACUAAGUACUGGGGUUAUAUUUGGGAUGCUGGUUUCAUUACCAGUAACCCUCCUUUAUUAUAUCCUUUUGGGGAUAUGAAAGAAAAAAAUGUGAAGAAAAUCAAGGAAACAUUUGCCCCCAUGCGGUUAAUUAUUGUGUAUUCACUUUGACACGUACCCUAACCAGCACUUUGACAAGUAAUUAUAUACUAUGAGAUUAGAGUACUCAUACAUCGAUCAAGUUUCAGUUCUUGGGUUCUGAUUUUGUAAAAGCUAUGAAUAUUGACUUAUGAAAAUUAAAUCCUCACUAUUAUCCAUUAUUAGUGUCCACUUAGAUAGUGAUAGCAAAAAUAUGUAAAAGAUCUUUUUGCCCAAGAAAUUUAGUGCAAUAUAUAGGUUAGUGGUAACCGAAAGGGAAUAAACUAUUAUUAUGUUGUUGUAAACAUAAUUAUUUCUCUCUCAUAUUAAAAGAGUGAAUAAGUAGCUCAUACUUGA